AUUGAACUGUUAUGUUUGUUAGUUUUUGAUAGAGAAUGUUUCGAGAGGGGCUCACUCCUGGUGUCAAGAUGACCGCAGGACUAUUCGAGUCUGCCACAAAUAAGGCUCCCCGCAAUGUAAGGCCAUCUAACGUCCGAAACUCGAUCUCCUCCUGACCUGGCAUCCUGAAAUUGCUCCGUCGUAUUUGAGAAGAGGAUGUUUACGGGGCAAUGAUUUAGGUAGGGAUGUAUUCGUAUCUUUAUAAUACUACCCUGAAAUCACAAAUCUGGGGAGUUCUUAGAUCUGCCAGAUUCUUUCUGAUUUGUGACCUUUCUGAGUAUUUAACAGGUCAAAGCUCCCUGCAAUGUUCCCUGGGAUAAGAACUGUUAAACAUGGGGAUGUGAGAGAAGUUACAUCGCCUAAUGUACGCCGUACUGCAUAGCACUCCGGUGUAUUCCAAAAUCGGGUCGGAGUCCCGAGAUGAACUUGGAGAUAAUGCGCCUCGCAUCACAUUUGGCCUAAUAUUUUGCCUUGGUUGACGUGUGCGAUUUGGUAAACUAUUGGAUAGUUUACUGUAUCAAAACACUGUGUUUUUUGGAUGCCAAAUCAAUCAAUGCUUGUGCGACGUUUGGUUCGUAGUAUUCUAUAACCACAAGCACUGAUUUGCUAAUAGUUCUGAAGUCUUGUUUUCAAGCUCCCCAUAGCUCCACGAUUGCCAUAAAUUGUUGGAAAAGCUCAGAUAUUUGAAUUGGAGCCUCCAUUAUGGAGGCGCUAUUCAGCGCUGGCAAUGGUGAUGCAAAGCGGUUCAAUGAAUUGGACGAAGUUCCUGAACCGAUCACUAUUCAUAAAGAUGAACACGAUAGUUCGAUCGGAAACUUCAGCCAUAACCCAAUCGCCAUUAUUGGGAUGGCAUGCCGUCUUCCUGGGCACUGUAGCAGUCCCAAGGAUCUCUGGGACUUCAUGAUGAGCGGAGGAGUAGCCUCCAACGAACCACCACGAAAUCGUUUCAACCUUCCAGGACACUUUGAUGCCUCUCGAAAACCAUACACCAUGAAAACACCAGGAGCGAUGUUCAUAGAAGAUGUUGAUCCAGCUGAUUUCGAUGCGGGAUUUUUCAACAUCAACCAGACAGACGCUACAGCGAUGGAUCCCCAACAAAGAAACCUGUUAGAAGUAACAUACGAGUGCUUAGAAAACUCUGGUAUGCCCGUUGAAAAGCUCAGCGGUCAAAGAGUGGGAUGUUUAAUUGGUGCAAGUGCAGUCGGUUCGUAGUUCGUUCUCCAGACGGAUAAUUUGGCUUUGCUGAUUUCGUGGAGAUUACUAUGACAUGGACCUCAAAGACGUCGAAGACAGAACGAGCUCUCCAACCAUAGGAUCUAGCCGUUCGCUUCUCAGUAAUCGCAUAAGCCAUUUUCUUAACAUUUCGGGACCAAGGUGAGGGAUUUGUCAAUUCCGAAAUAUUCCUUUCCUUUAUACAAUAGAGGACGCAUGCAGGUUAUACUGACUGCUAUAAUUAGUUUGUCUAUAGAUACCGCCUGUUCUAGUGCACUUACAGCUCUCGAUAUGGCAUGUCUUUAUCUGAGAAGCCAUCAAGCUGAUGCUAUGAUUGUAGGUGGGGUGAACAUGUACUUGAGUCCGGAGAGGAAUGAAGACAUGGGAAGUAUGAGAGCUGCCGCAUCUGCAACCGGAAGAUGCCAUGCGUUUGACAGUAAGGCAGAUGGAUAUGUGGCCGCUGAAGCUAUCAAUGUUGUCUUCUUGAAACGGUUGCGGGAUGCUGUCCGUGAUGGUGAUCCAAUUCGUGCCAUUGUUCGUGGCACUUCGGCCAAUAGCGCGGGUAGAACACCAGGGAUAUCCAUGCCGGAUCCCAAGGCACAGGCUAGCGCUAUCCGCGACGCUUAUUCAAACGCCGGAUUAUCUACCAAAGAUCUUGUGAGCACGGGUUAUCUUGAGUGUCAUGGUACUGGAACACUGGCUGGAGAUCCUAUUGAAGUCGAAGGCGUGGCUAACAUCUUCGCUUCAACAAGAACUAUCGACCAACCAUUGGCUAUAGGCUCAGUCAAGAGCAACGUGGGGCAUUCAGAAGCAGCCUCUGGGCUCACAAGCGUAAUCAAAAUUGUUCUCUCGAUAGAAAAUCACAUGAUCCCAGGAACUGCUACUUUCCUGGAUCCAAAUCCCAAAAUUGACUUCCAAAAGUCUCGAGUCAAGGCAUUUUAUCACCCCAUGAAGUGGCCAAAAGAUUCCCAAAGACGUGCCAGUAUCAACUCGUUCGGCUUUGGUGGUUCUAAUGCACACGCAAUUAUUGAAAAUCCCGAGAAACUCUUAGAGAGAUCUUUGCCAAAAUUCAAAAGUUCUCACGUGAAUCAAGAUAGCAUUAGCGAGGAUUUCUUUAGCGAGUACAAUAUCCAAAGUGCAACAGUUGGGAAGCAAUCGAAGCCCAAGUUGAUUGUUCUGUCCGCAAACGAUGAAGAUUCUCUGAAGGCUUCAAUUAAGAGACUUUCGUCCCAUUUGCUACAUCCUGGUGUCGAGGUCGCCUUGGAUGAUCUGGCAUUUACUCUUUCGGAGCGACGAAGUCGACUAUUUCACAGAGCCUAUAGUGUCCAGAAAGGUAGUAGCACCAGACUUAAUCCAGCCUCUUUCGCCACGAGUAAGCUGUCAAGCCAUGCUAUCAAAGUUGGGUUCAUCUUCACUGGCCAGGGCUCUCAGUGGCCACUAAUGGGAAAAGGUCUCCUUCAGAUGUUUCCUAUCGCGAAGAAAAUUGUUCAAGACCUAGACAUAGUCUUGAAGAAUCUUCCGGAGCCACCUACAUGGUCACUCGUCUCCAAACUUACUGAAGAGAAUGACCCGGGUAUCCUCCGCCAACCUGAAGUUUCACAGCCACUCGUUACUGCCUUGCAACUAGCGUACCUUGGAGUACUCUCUGACUGGGGGAUAAAACCUGUGGCGGUUGCUGGUCAUUCAUCUGGUGAGAUAGCUGCCGCAGUGGCUGCUGGAUAUAUUACAGCUGAAGAAGCAAUCAAAGUUGCUUUCUUUCGAGGUCUUGCGGUUCAGGAGUUGGUGCCGUCAGAAAAGCUCGGUAUGCUAGCAGUGGGAGUCUCUGCCGAUGCCAUCGAGGAAUACAUUGGUAACAACGACCAAAUUCAAGUUGCGUGCCUAAAUAGUCCAAGGAGUGUGACACUUUCAGGCGCUGCACAGGCGCUGGAGCAGCUUCUCAGUAAACUACAGGCAGAUGGCCAUUUCGCUCGCAUGCUGCAGGUUGAUAAUGCAUACCAUUCUACAUAUAUGAAUCCAGUUGCAGACAAGUACUCCCGGUUACUACAAGCGGGCGCCAAAAACCAUAAUGAAAAUGGCUACAAUAACCCAGAACACCACGAAUCAGUGGCCUUGUUCUCUUCGGUGACUGGUGAUCGAUGGGAUGGGGCGACAGAUUCAACAUAUUGGGUACGCAAUCUAAAAUCACAAGUUAAAUUCCAUGAUGCAGUCAAAACUAUGAUUGAUGGAAAGAAUGGUGCCAACUUUCUGAUUGAAAUUGGUCCUUCGAAUGCUCUGGCUGGGCCACUCGCCCAGAUUUGCGAGAGCAUCUCUCAUCUAACGUUAUCCCCUAUCUGUACCUCGGUUGCCACGAGAGGGCCAGAAACAUUAAUGUCUUUGUAUGGAGUAGCUGGCAAGCUCUUUGCAGCAUGCGGGUCUGUUGAUCUAUACCGCGUUAAUGAACUCCAGAAGGCAUCGCCACCACCGUCAAUUCUGGUUGAUCUUCCCAACUACACGUGGAACCAUUCCAAAAAGUACUGGCACGAAAGUCUGGCUAGUAAAGACUGGCGAUUCCGACCCUUCAUCAAGCAUGAUCUUCUUGGGUCAAAGAUCCCAGGGACUUCGUGGCAGUCACCGAUAUGGAAAAAUAAGUUGAUGCUUAAUUCCAAUGCUUGGCUUAAAGAUCACAAACUAGGCAACAAGACUGUGUUCCCAGGCACCGGAUAUGUUUGUAUGGCUAUAGAAGCUAUGUAUCAGGCAGCCUAUAUGACAACUUGGAAGGGAGAUAUCCCACAGAGCUAUACGUACCGGUUGAGAGACAUCAAGUUUCACAAAGCGCUAGUUCUAGAUGAUUUGGAGACGGUUCCGCUGAUUAUGCUUGCUUUGACGGCACCUGUGGGAUCCAAUCCCUCUUGGUUCCACUUCAAGAUAUCGACUGAAAUACUGGGAACUUGGAGCGAUCAUACUACUGGGUUUAUCCGCAUCGAUACUGAAUUUUGGGCCAAAGGGGCACAGCCGAAUGCCCUGGUUCCUUUCCAGUAUCCCCUGUCGAAGGGAAAGUGGUACAAAAAAAUGAAAGAAUAUGGCUUUAAUUUUGGUCCAUCUUUCCAGAAGAUUACAGAGAUGGAGACUACUAUAGGGGAGCGAGCGGGUCGAUCGAAAGUAUCACUACAAGCACCUGCCUCGCAAUGGACCCAAAGCUUUUAUCCAUUACACCCUGCUUGUAUGGAUGGUUGCUUCCAAAGUGUCACUGCUAUUUGGGAUGAAGACAAUGAAAACAUCGAUACCUUAAUACCAUUACAGAUCGACAGUCUCUUCGUACCUUUUAGGUCACAACAGCCCGAAGAAGGUAUCUCGGUCGCACGUUCGGACUUUAUUGGGGUUGGAAGAAGAGAAGUCAUGAAAAACCAUGCGUUUUCAUGUGACGUCUAUGAUCCCAACGACGGCAACCUACUAUUCGAGAUGAAAGGAAUACGAUAUGCUACGCUAGGCAGCCCCGAUAAUUCGUUCUUGUCUCAUUCCUACUGCCAACUUAUUUGGGAUGCAGAUAUUACGUUUCUUGAUGAAGUAAAUCUGAAGCAAAUCACAGACAAGGCUGCAGCGAAAAUGACAGUCGACGACCCUGAUCCGACGUUGCUGGUCGCACAUAGAUUGAUCGAUUUGGCUGCACAUAAAAAUCCGCGAUUAAGUGUUGUGGAGAUCAACCUUGACCCCAAUGAUUCUUCCAGCCUGUGGUUUGAUUGCAAAACCCCAGUAAACCCAGUACGGUCGGCUUUCUCUCAAUACACGCUCACUUCGAGCAGCGCCAAUACCAUUGUCGAAGCAACACAGAGAUACUCUGGUGCCCAACAAACAGACUACGUUGUAGUCGAUUUUGCACAGGGGCAAGUGUCUCUAAAUUUUAAUUUCGACCUGGCUAUUGUGAAGAUGCCCUUGGCUCCGAGAGAGACUCUUGGUCGAUCUUUGGAAAUUAUCCAAUUGUGGCUAAGAGAAGCAGGAAUCGCUCUUCUCGUUGAUGCCGAAUGCAACGUACAGUCCAUGGGGAGUGUUACUUUCCCUCUCGGCUUAAAGACUUUAUGGAAGUCUGACUCAAUAGCUCUGACUCGCAAAGAGGACUUUCGUCAAACUUUUCCGUCUCAAGAUCUACAUAUCAUUCAUCUCAAGAAUGAAAGCACUCAAGAUAUUCAAAACAAGCUACAAAGUUCCCCUUGGAAUAUAAUUCAAAUCUCUGACCCAGAUGCUAUUGCAUCUGGAAGUAAAGUGCUUGUCUUAUAUGAACUUCAAACUUCGGCUAUGAACAGCCUCAACAAACAGCAAUGGGCCAUGUUGAAAUGCUUGGUUGAAAAACAAUGUCGUAUUUUAUGGGUUACAACAGGCGCACAUGUAUCUGUGACUCGUCCAGAAAUGGCCCUCAUCAAUGGAUUUUUCAGAACUCUACGCAAUGAAGCACCGUUCUUGACCCUACUCAAUCUAGAUGUGGAACACACUUCGGGAGAAGCAACAAUGGAAGCCAUUGAGAAAGUCCUUGGUCUUCUUGAUCAGGCAAAGGAUAAGACAGAUCUCGACAGCGAAUUCACGGAGCGAGCUGGAAUUAUCUACACCAGCCGUAUCCUGCCAAACUUGUCCCUUAACAGGUUCAAUAAAAAUGCACAUGAGAAACCCCCAGAAAUGAUGCCGUUCCAUAGUACACAAACCACAAUCAAACUAAGAGCAGAACGUGUGGGUAAUCUUGACUCCCUUGAGUACAGCGAGCUCUUUGCCGAGCCCCCACCCCUGCCAGCGGACUGGGUCGAGAUAGAUGUGAUAUCAUCCGGUGUUAACUUCAAGGAUGUCGCUAGUACGAUCGGGCUUGUUCCUGAAAACGAGUACUUGCUUGGUGGCGAAGGUAGUGGGAUUAUCACUCGCAUUGGAACAGAUGUCAAUACAUUCAAACAAGGCCAACGAGUUGCUUUCUUCAAAAGAGGGUCGUUUGGGAAUCGCGUUCAGGCAAGUGUUAAGGUGGUGCACGCCAUUCCUGACUCUAUGGGCUUCGAAGAAGCUGCUACAAUUCCCUGCGUCUUUGCCACAUCUAUACACACCCUCUUCCAUCUCGCUUAUAUCAAAAAGGGGGAUCGGGUGUUGAUUCACUCGGCCACAGGCGGGGUCGGCCUAUCAGCUAUUCAGAUCUGUCACUAUAUUGGAGCUGAGGUGAGUUCUAUUCAAGAUAUUUUAAUAAUAUCUGUGAUGAGGUUACUAACAUAUAUCUAGGUAUACGCGACUGUAGGAACACAGGAAAAACGUGAUUUCCUGGUAUCAAACUGCAAAAUAAGCAACGACAGAAUCUUUUCUUCGCGAAAUACCGCUUUUGCUCAGGAAAUCAUGAAGCAUACUGAGGGGAAAGGAGUCAACAUUAUUUUGAACUCUUUGACAGGCGAUAUGCUUGAUGAAUCAUGGCGUAUCAUCGCUGACGGGGGGACAAUGGUUGAAAUCGGGAAAAGAGAUAUAUUGGAUCGGAACAUGUUAUCUAUGGAACCGUUCAACCGCAACGCCUCUUUCCGAGCUUUGGACUUAUCCCAUGACAAUAUUAGCGAUGAGAUUCUUUCGAAGUAAGUGCCCUAUCCACUCUCUAACCCUCCACUAUAGCUUCCGUUCCAUCAUUUUGAGUCCUUUAUGCCGUAAGGAUAUGAGGCUAAUGAUUUGACAGCCUUUUGUCUGAGACGUUUGAUCUUAUCGGGAAGGGUCAUGUGAAGCCCAUAACGCCUAUCCAGGUCUUUACGUUUGACAAAGUUCCUGAUGCCCUCCGUAUGAUACGCAGCGGUAAACACAUAGGGAAGCUCGUUAUAAGUAGAGCCCAGCAACCCGAAUUUGAAGUACCAGUUCGACGUGCUUCACGUAACAUCAAACUUCGUACAGACGUGAGUUAUCUGGUUGUUGGAGGGCUUCGAGGUCUUUGCUCAAGCCUAGCAAUAUACCUCGCCAAGAAUGGAGCUAAGCACAUCACCGUAUUAUCCCGCAGCGGUGGAGAUGAUGAUAUAUCGCAGCAGGUGAUGUCCAAUAUUCGUGCCUCGGGGUGCGAAGUCAAUGUGGUUCGGGGAGGUGUUAUAUGUAUCGAUGAUGUGAGGAAGGCGUUCCGAGCUUCUAGUGUUCCUGUCGGUGGUAUCAUCCAAGGCGCCAUGGUAUUACGUGUAAGUCAAAUUUCAAGUGUACCUUCUGAGGUUUUAUUUCUGACCCAGCUCAUGUAAUUUUCAGGAUCGCCCAUUCGACUCUAUGACUUUAGAUGAAUAUCACGCUGCAAUAGGUUGCAAAGUCCAGGGAACCUGGAAUCUUCACAACAUAUCUCUCGAAAUGAACCUGAGUUUAGAUUUCUUCACCAUGCUAUCAAGUAUUUCCGGUGUCUAUGGCAGCAAAGGACAAGCCAACUAUGCCGCUGCAAAUGCAUUCCUCGAUGCCUUCGCUUCGUACCGACAAGGGCUCGGCCUUCCGGCAUGCUCGAUAGAUUUGGGAGUCGUCGCGGAUAUUGGCUACAUGGCGGAACGUGACGACCUGCGCAACCGAUACGAUGAAUCCAUCUGGAAUGUUCUGAAUGAGAAGGUCCUCCGCAGAACAUUUGAGCUUUCUAUCCACCAGCAAGAAAAGAUACCUAUCUAUGCCCGAAGCGCUGCGCAAAUGAUAACAGGACUUCACGUACCGCAGCCACCUGAUUCUUUGCUCGCAUCCGACCCACGAUUUGCAGGCUUGUUCUCGCAAAGUCGCAGAGCGGGCAGUCAAGAGCAAGGUCAUGCAGGGCCAAAGGAUCUCGAAUCGAUCCUCGUAAUGAUUCGUUCGAAUGCUGGGGCGAGAGCGAUCCUCGACACAACCACGGAGGUGGUUAACCGGUAUUUGAUGAGAGUUUUACGGGUGUCGGAAACGUUGGACUUUGGACGGCCGUUGUCUGCUUAUGGGAUUGAUUCUUUGGCAGCGGUGGAGGUGCGCAAUUUUUUGAAGGUUGAGCUGAGUGUUGAGCUUACGACGUUGGAGAUUAUUAACGCUUCGACUUUGGUAUUUAUUUGUGAGAGGAUUAUUGAGGAAGUGUCGAAGAUUAAUUAGUGCAAGUAUCUUACGCAGUAUUUCAACGGCUUCGAACAAGUUUUUAGUAUAGUUGAUCCCUUUAAAUUGCAAGAAUAAUAUAUGGAAG